AUGGCGGGCGCCGGCGCCAAGCGGCGCGGGCUGGCGGCCCCGGCCGAGGAGGAGCGGCAGGCGCGCGAGAAGAUGCUGGGGGCGCGGCGCGCGGGGGGCGCGGGGGGCGCGGGGGCCGCGGCGGGCGCGGACGAGGGCGUGACCCUGCAGCGCAGCAUCACGCUGCUCAACGGCGUGGCCAUCAUCGUGGGCACCAUCAUCGGCUCGGGCAUCUUCGUGACGCCCACCGGCGUGCUCAAGGAGGCGGGCUCGCCCGGGCUGGCGCUGGUGGUGUGGGCCGUGUGCGGCGUGUUCUCCAUCGUGGGCGCGCUCUGCUACGCCGAGCUGGGCACCACCAUCUCCAAGUCGGGCGGCGACUACGCCUACAUGCUGGAGGUGUACGGCUCGCUGCCCGCCUUCCUCAAGCUCUGGAUCGAGCUGCUCAUCAUCCGGCCCUCCUCGCAGUACAUCGUGGCGCUCGUCUUCGCCACCUACCUGCUCAAGCCCGUCUUCCCCAGCUGCCCGGUGCCCGAGGAGGCCGCCAAGCUCGUGGCCUGCCUCUGCGUGCUGCUGCUCACGGCUGUGAACUGCUACAGCGUGAAGGCCGCCACCCGCGUGCAGGACGCCUUCGCCGCCGCCAAGCUGCUGGCCCUGGCCCUGAUCAUCCUGCUGGGCUUCGUCCAGAUCGGAAGGGGUGAUGUGUCCAAUCUGGACCCCAAGUUCUCCUUUGACGGCACCAACCUGGACGUGGGGAACAUUGUGCUGGCCCUGUACAGCGGGCUCUUCGCCUAUGGAGGAUGGAACUACCUGAAUUUUGUCACGGAGGAGAUGAUCAACCCCUACAGAAACCUGCCCCUGGCCAUCAUCAUCUCCCUGCCCAUCGUCACGCUCGUGUACGUGCUGACCAACCUGGCCUACUUCACCACCCUGUCCACGGAGCAGAUGCUGGCGUCGGAGGCCGUGGCUGUGGACUUCGGGAACUACCACCUGGGGGUCAUGUCCUGGAUCAUCCCCGUCUUCGUGGGCCUGUCCUGCUUCGGCUCCGUCAACGGGUCCCUGUUCACGUCCUCCAGGCUGUUCUUUGUGGGGUCCCGGGAGGGCCACCUGCCCUCAGUGCUCUCCAUGAUCCACCCGAAGCUCCUGACGCCGGUGCCGUCGCUGGUGUUCACGUGCGUCAUGACGCUGCUCUACGCCUUCUCCAAAGACAUUUUCUCCGUCAUCAACUUCUUCAGCUUCUUCAACUGGCUGUGCGUGGCCCUGGCCAUCAUCGGCAUGAUGUGGCUCCGCUUCAAGAAGCCCGAGCUGGAGCGGCCCAUCAAGGUGAACCUGGCGCUCCCGGUGUUCUUCAUCCUGGCCUGCCUGUUCCUCAUCGCCGUGUCCUUCUGGAAGACACCCGUGGAGUGUGGCAUCGGCUUCGCCAUCAUCCUCAGCGGGCUGCCCGUCUACUACUUCGGUGUCUGGUGGAAAAACAAGCCCAAGUGGCUCCUGCAGGGCAUCUUCUCCACCACGGUCCUGUGCCAGAAGCUCAUGCAGGUGGUCCCGCAGGAGAACUAGCCAGGAGGCCGGGCGCCACCACCGAGCGCCUCGCCCGGCCCCGCCUCGCCAGCCCGCGGAGAAGGCACUCAAGGCAGCCGAGAACGUUCUGGUACGAAUUUUGUUCUGGACGAGGAACGCCCGCCGACGGCUCCCUGGACUGGGCGCCGGCGGGAGCGCUCGCUCCGGGCCUCCCCCCCUCGUCUGUGUGCGGUUCUUGUUCUCGUUUUAACUUAAGUUUUCCCGUCUGAUGCAGCAUCUUGGUGGAGACCACCAAGGUGGUUUUUUAAAAGACACG